UCUCUUUAACUUAUGCUAACAUGGCCACGCGCAUGAUGUGGCAAAAUACCAUUGGCCCAGUGCACUGCUGAGGUGGUAUGCUAGGUGUAGGGUAGAGAGUGUCCCUUCGUUAUCUUUCUCGGCAACUGGGGUAAUGGGUCCCAUAUUUUGACCAACCAACGCCAGAUUAUGGUAACGGUGGAUCUCCUCCAAAUACGAGUCCUACUUUCAUUGCAAAGGAGGGAAGGUAAGGGCCGACAUCCGCGAGGACUUCGGGCAUCCUCCGUAAUUCAGCAUCUCGUCCAACUUCUUCACGAUUUCGUAGACUUUUCUUGAACCCCACUGCCGCUUUCGACGCGCUUUCCUUUCGAGGAACCAAUAAAUAAAAAUAAAAUAAAAGACUACUCUUUCCAUUCCCCUUCCUUGAAAUGGUGACAGAAUUGCCAGAGGCAUCGAAAAAUCUUUUUUGACGCGCUUCCUCUGUUUUCACUCAAAAAAAAAACUCUUCGAUGUCUUAUUAGUUUCCAGCUUUCUCCUCAUCAGUUCUAGGUGCUGUUCGUGGGAAGGAGAGAACAUUAGGAAGAGAGUUUACCAGUGGAAUGGCUGUUGAAAUAAUACAAUUUCUGAUGAGUAAAUUUGUGGAUGGUCUUGGAGAAGAGGAUAAUGCAACAAUUCCGUUUAUUCUCCAAUUCCACGAGAUCAAGGAAGAUCUCAAAAAGAAAACAAGGUUCUCCAUGUCGCUAGGCACCGCCGACUUGCUCCGAGAAUCACUCUACGACCUAAAUGACAUACUGAUCGAGUGCCAAAUGCUGUCCAAGAAGCACAGGAAUCAUGAGCAGCGCAAGCGUACGUGCUUCUAUUCUUUAACUGAUUUGUGUUUUCUUUUCAAAACCAGGAAGAGGUUGCUAAGGAUCAAGCGAAAAAUCCGGACCAUAAGUGAUGGAAGGAUAAAAGGAAAAUCUAGCAGCGGUCCUUUGCGUGGUGACAUGGGCAGGCGGGGGCCAGUGGAGUUCGACCGCUGGACUUCUCAAGCUGUGGACAAAGCGAAGGUCCAUGGAGCUACCAAUCAGCUGAUUGAAGUGGAAAGAAUGCUCACGGGUGAGGAUAAGAAUGGAUUCAAGGGAAUUGGAAUUGUUGGGAUGGGUGGGGUUGGUAAGACCCUGCUGGCCCAACUGCUCUUUAACAGCCAGCAGGUGAGACGGCGCUUCUUUCCAAGGCUCUGGGUAUGCGUAUCACAGACAAUUCACAGAGGAAAAGAUCUGAGAAGAGAGAUUCUGGAGAGGAUGCUAACGUCUCUUGGAGUCGAAGAGGAUGUUAUCACUUCGAUUUCAAAUUCUGAUUCAAGAAGCAACAGCCUUGCGGAAUUGAUGUUCACCCUUCACCUACAAUUGAUGGGCAAGAGAUAUCUCAUUGUAUUCGAUGAUGUUUGGAACAUUGAUGAAUGGUAUGAAAAUUUGGACUCCGAGCUGCCAGGAGAUGAUCAAUGGGAUGACCGUCUUGCUUUUGGAUUGCCGAAGGGAAGCGGUGGAGGAGCUAUCAUCACAAGUAGAGUGGAAGAGGUGGCCGUAAAGAUGGUUGGGGAAGAAAACCUGUACCACCUUCAACCUCUCACCGAUCGCGAAAGUUGUUGGGCUAUAUUCAUGGAUGCACUAACAAAAGAUGGUCGCAUGUCUGAUCAUCCUACUGUAAGAGGCAUGAAGAAGGAAAUUUUGGACAAUUGUAGUGGCCUGCCAUUAGCUGCGAAGACUGUAGGGGAGAUUUUGAAUGGAUCUCUCUCAUCAUCCGGAGAUUCUAGCAGGAAAACAAGCUUGAGUGAUGAUAGCUCUAAAGGAAGUGGAAGUGUUUGAUAAGAUUAUGCUCAUUUGUUAUUGGACGGGCUAUACCAUUACAUUCUUGUACUUCCAUUUUGAUCUAGUGAUCAAUGACAUUUUAUCUUUACUAAAAUAAAUGCAACAGUUUGUGCUAUGUCUGAUGUUAAGAGAGCAAUAAAUAAAUAAAUAAUAGCUAAAAAGGAGAAAUAAAGAUUUAACAGCUGAAGGAAAGAAUAUGUAUAAUCCAUUAGAUUGUACAUCAAUUUUGGAACACAUCAACAUGUUUGACUAUGUACUGUUCCUUUCAUCUACUUAAUGAAAGAGAUUAGGCUAUGUCCAAUUUUUGAUUCAAAAAAAAAAAA